AUGGCUUCGUUCACUUCGUUCAAAGCUUUACGCUUCGCAUACAACGAUGGCAUUUCGGAUGGGUACUGGGGAGAGAAAACAUCCACAUUGAACUUCUGCGAAGAGGACUAUGUUGUGUCUUACUAUUGUGCUGAAGUCUGCAAUACGUUAACGAACCUUCUAUUCCUGUGGCUUGGUUUGAAGGGCAUAUCCAAUUGUGUCUCUCAAGGACACCCUCGCAUAUUCUUUGUUGCGUUCCUGGGUUACGUUGUUGUCGGCCUUGGCUCGAUAGCCUUCCACACUUCACUCAAGUAUCUUAUGCAACUAGUGGAUGAACUUUCUAUGAUAUAUACCACUUGCCUUAUGGUAUUUGCUACAUUCUCAUACUCGAGGUCAACCCAAUUUGUGGCAUUCCUGGGCAGUGGCCUCAUCCUUCUUGCCUGCUUCAUCACAUCUUACUACCACAUUACAAAGGAUCCUAACUUUCAUCAAGGCUGUUAUGCAGCCCUCACAGCAACGGUCGUCAUUCGUAGCUUGUACGUAAUGGAGACGCAACUCAGGCCAGCCCUCGUCGCGAGAAACGGUGCAAAAGCUCAAACGAUACUUAAGACUAUGUGGAUCAUGGUUGCCACUGGGCUGGGAGUGUUUCUUGCCGGGUAUAUGAUCUGGAAUCUGGACAACAUGUUCUGUACCCAGAUUCGAAGGCUGCGGCGGCAAGCAGGCCUGCCAUGGGGGGUAGUGCUUGAAGGGCAUGCAUGGUGGCAUCUAAUGACAGGUCUCGCGUACUACUAUAUCACGUGGGGCAUAUGGCUUCGUAGAUGUCUCGAGGGCCAAGAGAAUGAAGACAAGCUUGUUGCCAUGUCAAUUCCUAAUCAAGCCCUCGAAAAGUUGAUCCGUGAGAUCGAGAGCCAAGCAAUUGUAGCUCAGCAGCAAAUCGGCCAGACUCGUACUCAGAUGACAUCAAGGCAACGAGAAAUGCGGAUGGUACGCCUAACCUUGGAUGAGGUGUCGACUUUGCCCCCCAACGCAAGCAUUUUCGAAGGCGUUGGCAAAAUGUUCGUCUCACUGCCUACCCCGCAACUGACGGACAAGCUCGAGGGUCAGAUCAAAGAAAAGGAGGUCGAAGUCGAGAAGUUGAACCAGAAGCUGCAUUACUUGGAGACUACAUUCAAGAACAGUCGGCAGCACAUCGACCAGAUGCUUAAGGCACAGUCGUGA